AUCCACUAUCUUCUUCUUCUUCCUCGAGAAACUGUUUAUCUUCCAUUUUCGCCAUACCUCUUACCAUAACUGAUCAGUCACUUCUGCAAAUUCUAGAGACGGAACUGUGGUGCGUGGCGAUGAACAACGCCGAGGAUUCGGCACUUCAAACGGCCAUCGACUGGGCCUGUGGUCCCGGAAGCGCCGAUUGCGCCGGGAUCAACCAAGGCGGACCUUGCUACGAUCCGUCUGAUAUCCUGAAGAUGGCGUCGUAUGUUUUCAAACAACUAUUACCUGAAGAACGGCCUCGCCGAUGA